CCUCUGGGCUCGGCUGGCAGGUCCUGUGGGGGUGGGCGACAGGGAUGACAGCCGCGGGGGUGGCGGCGGCUGCGGCGCUAGGCUGAGCGAGCGGCGUGCCAGCCAGGGGAAGAGAAGGAAGUGGAGCCUUGGCCCGGAGCGCCAGAGUCAGCCGCCGGCCGUGGUCCGCCCCAUUUUGCCGAGCGAGCUGAGUCCGGACCUCGAAAGACUUCCCCACCAGGCUCCGGCUGCUGCGGCUCCUCGCCGGCGUCCUGACCAGCCCCGCCUGCCCUGGCCCCGGGUUCCGCGCCGGGACACUUCCAGCCCCACGGUCCGGGGCGUCGUGGCUGGGACUCCCCGAGCCCCCGACCCCGACUCUGUGCACCUGGGCGGGACGCUACUGGCCCACCACACAGGUCCAUGGUUGCGGGGUGGUUCCCAGCCUUUUAUAGUGUGUGUUGGAGCCCCCAGCCCUCCGCCCGGGGUUAACGCAGGUUGCCCCCAGGACUCCGACUGAGUGCAAAAGAGCUCGGACGCCCCCAGCUUCUGUUUCCCGGAGACGAACCUUCAGCUGCUGCCGACCCGGUGCUUCGGACUGGGGACCGGCGAGCUCCCAGGAAGCACCGACCCGGGUCCAGCGCCCCCUGAGGGGUCCCACGCGGACUGGACAGUCGGACUGAAUCGGACUGGGGUGGUACUGCGAGCCGAAGCGGCCACCUUCCUGCCGUCCCAGGCGAGGGGCUUGGUGCUCGCCCCGAAGAGAACACAGGGGCCCCUGCUCUGGCGUCCGGCGGGAGCCGAGAGCUGCAGCUCUCCCGGUGAAGUGACAUCACCAAGUCCCUGACAGGACACCUCUGGGAGCCCAGCUCACAGCCACUGGUGCCUUCUUCCAGGACCAGCCUGGGGCCCCCAUGGGCUCCUGAGGGCCGGGCACCAGGGCCUCGGGCACGAGCAUGGUGAGACACCAGCCCCUGCAGUACUAUGAGCCCCAGCUGUGCCUCUCCUGCCUCACGGGCAUCUACGGCUGCCGCUGGAAACGCUACCAGCGCUCCCAUGACGACACCACACCGUGGGAACGCCUCUGGUUCCUGCUCCUCACCGUCACCUUUGGCCUCACGCUCACCUGGCUCUACUUCUGGUGGGAAGUCCACAAUGACUACGACGAGUUCAACUGGUACCUCUACAACCGCAUGGGCUACUGGAGCGACUGGUCCAUGCCCAUCCUCAUGACCACAGCCACUGCCUUCACUUACAUCGCAGGCCUCCUGGUGCUGGCACUGUGUCACAUCGCUGUGGGGCAGCAGAUGAACCUGCACUGGCUGCACAAGAUGGGGCUGGUGGUCAUCCUGGUGUCCACAGUGGUGGCCAUGUCGGCCGUGGCCCAGCUGUGGGAGGAUGAGUGGGAGGUGCUCCUGAUCUCCCUGCAGGGCACAGCUCCGUUCCUGCACAUGGGGGCCCUGGCCGCCCUCACGGCGCUCUCCUGGAUCGUGGCGGGACAGUUCGCCCGAGCGGAGCGUUCCUCCUCCCAGAUGGCCAUCCUCUGCAUCUUCUUUGCUGUGGUGUUUGCCCUCUACCUGGCCCCUCUCACCUUCUCCUCUCCCUGCAUCAUGGAGAAGAAGGAUCUGGGCCCCAAGCCCGCCCUCAUUGGCCACCGAGGCGCCCCCAUGCUGGCCCCAGAGCACACGCUGAUGUCCUUCCGGAAGGCCCUCAAGCAGAAGCUGUACGGGCUACAAGCUGACGUCACCAUCAGCCUGGACGGCGUGCCCUUCCUCAUGCAUGACACUACCCUGCGGCGCACCACCAACGUGGAGGAGCGGUUCCCGGAGCUCGCCCGCCGGCCUGCCUCCAUGCUCAACUGGACUGUCCUGCAGAGGCUCAACGCCGGCCGGUGGUUCCUGAAGACGGACCCCUUCUGGACGGCCAGCUCCCUGUCACCCUCCGACUACAGGGAGGUCCAGAACCAGUCCAUCUGCAGCCUAGCUGAGCUCCUGGAGUUGGCCAAGGGCAAUGCCACGCUGCUGCUCAAUCUGCGCGACCCCCCGCGGGAGCAUCCCUACCGCAGCAGCUUCCUCAACGUCACGCUGGAGGCCGUGCUGCGCUCAGGCUUUCCCCAGCACCAGGUCAUGUGGUUGCCCAACAGGCAGAGGCCCUUCGUGCGGAAGGUGGCUCCAGGCUUCCAGCAGACGUCGGGCUCCAAGGAGGCGGCCGCCAGCCUGCGGAGAGGCCACAUCCAGCGGCUGAACCUGCGCUACACUCAGGUGUCCCGCCAGGAGCUCAGGGACUACGCGUCCUGGAACCUGAGCGUGAACCUCUACACGGUCAAUGCGCCCUGGCUCUUCUCCCUGCUGUGGUGUGCGGGGGUCCCCUCGGUCACCUCCGACAACUCCCACACCCUGUCACAGGUGCCUUCCCCACUCUGGAUCAUGCCCCCGGACGAGUACUGCCUCAUGUGGGUUAUCGCCGACCUGAUCUCCUUCACCCUCAUCGUUGGCAUCUUCGUGCUCCAGAAGUGGCGCCUGGGCGGCAUACGGAGCUACAACCCCGAGCAGAUCAUGCUGAGUGCAGCGGUGCACCGGAGCAGCCGGGACGUCAGCAUCAUGAAGGAGAAGCUCAUCUUCUCAGAGAUCAGUGACGGCAUGGAGGUCUCCGAUGAGCUCUCCGUGUGCUCCGACAACAGCUACGACACAUACUCCAACAGCACCGCCACCCCAGGGGACCCCCGGGGGACUGGCGGCCAUGCCAGGACCCUCACAGACCGGAGGGGCCGCUAGUUGAAGACCUGUUCUCCCAGGCUGGACCUAACGCUGAGACCAGGAUGCCCAAAAGAGCUGGCAGCAGCGUGUCUGGACUCGGAGUGCCCUGGGAGCUGGCUCCAUGGCCUCCUCAGUGGCUCUAGCCCUUGUCUGCCAUGGCCUUUCAUGGGGGUGGGGGCCCCCCUCACCCCCGAGGCCCAGCUGGGCCAGGACUCCAGCCUCUCAGAUGCCCCUGCAGGCCUGGGGAUCCUUCUGCUGGGAAGUGUGGGGCCUGGGGCCCAGUCCUCCCGAAGCCCCCUCGCAUCCCGAUCCGGAAGUUCUGCUGGGCCGUGCCGUACCCCCGUGGCAGGACAGGAUGUGGAUGCUCACGUGUUCGUGCUGUGAGGCGGCUGACUUCCCUGGUUUCUCCUGCCCCAAGGACCUGGUGGCUCUGGGCCUCUGCCCCCAGCAGCCCUCCCUUCACAUCAGUCUCAAAGCACAAGGAGGUUCGACUCGGGAGGGAGCCGGCCACAGUGGUGCAGCUGCUCCUCCUGACCAGGCUCCCAUGGCCACCGGCCCCGCCCUGGGAAUGGGCUGAGCUGUGUUCCCAGCUGGGAGCAGCUGGAAACGGCCAGAAGAGCAGGCUCGGGGCUGCUCGGUCCCGUGCCCAGGUGUCCGGCAGGCCUCCAGAGCAGAGCGGCUCAGGGCAUCCACGGACAGGCCCGACCUGAGUGGCCACAGGGCAGGGGCCACCUGGGAAGAGUGGUCUGGGUGUGGUCAGGGGUGGGCAUGUGGCCUCGAAGGCCUGCCCUGUGGGGGGAGCCUGACGGACCUUGGCCAAGAUGAUUAAAGCUGCCAUCUCAACAUGUCA